UAUGCUAAGUGACUUGCAGAUGGAAGCACCUGAGGAGUAUCACAAGUUGCUCAAGUCGUCUAUGAACGAAAUUCUACCUCCUCGGGCAAAUAUGUGUUUUUCUACAGUAAGGUUAGAAAUGACACAAGAGUCUUUGUCAAUGUCUGCCAGUGGAAUAAAGUUCCUGCACCACGUUCUAAGUGUGAAGCAAUCUCAAUGUUGGCUGGAACCUGGGAUACAGGAUUUGACCAGAAAGGUUCGUUCAGUGUGACUGCCGUCGCUGUAAAUUCUUCAGUCUUGGAAGAAUGCUGCAGUAACAAUGAGGAACGUCAGAUGUUGAUAGACCUGAUUAUUUCCUUCAUUGAACAUCAUUCUGCUGUCAGUCUCUCACACACAUACUCCUUGCUGCCAGAUACCAACUUUCAGCCUGGCCUCAAAACGCUCAGCCUGGAAAAGUUCUUUGUAGUGCAGCCCCGUAUUGGUGACGGAUCACUGUUGACACCAAAUCCCUCAUCCCUCGUCAAUGUCCUAUCAGAGAAGAGAAAUUCUGCAAAGCCUACCACCAUAGCUAAUUCAACAUUAAGUGGCAGUGCUGAUAAUCACAAAAAAGAGUCAACUGCAAGUAACAGUUCUAAACCAGAACCGUCUCUAGUGGACUAUUAUAAAACGCAAUUAAAAGAAGUUAAAGAUCAUGGGUCUGAUAUGAUGCCAAAUGAUAAACACUCGCCAGCACCCAGUAGUGAAAUUUCGGGGCAAGAUCGUGAUGUAGUUAUUUGCUCAACACCCACUUUAUUGGAUAUGAACGAAGUCUCGACUAAACACAGCACGGAUUUGAGUGCAAAAAAGAGUCAUGUAACAACACCAAAGCAUGUGGUUGAAAUACUGCCACAAGAGGGAGCAUGUGCGAAGAGAGUUCAGGUCACCAUCACACUGCAAGGCAUAUUGACAGCAGCUAGUUGUCAGCUUGAUGUUACGCAGGAGGAUCUGACAGUUGUAGCUGGGCAGUACAGUCUCAAUUUGAAAAUGCCCUUCAUGGUGGAUGUUGACUCUGUUUCUGCAAAAUUUGAUAAGUCAACGAGUAUACUCGUGGUCACAUUAGACAUCAAGCCAUAGAAAUAACCAGUAUGGAAUUUUUGUAUGUCACCUUUACCAAUAGUAAACCACUCCACCACAGAGUCACCACAGUAGACGUGAGAUGAGCGCUGUCGCUCUGCGGCACUUGUUAGUUCUUCGAAUAUGUAUGGAAUAUUUCAUGUCUUCUUCCAGAUGUUAUACCUAUUGUCCAAAUAUGUUAUGAAUGUGUUCUCUAACAGGCCAACGUGUGUCGAUGUGUCUGGGCCUGUCACAUCUAAAUAUAGUCGAGUAGAGAAAUGAUUAAGGAUGAUGCAUGCUCAAUUCAUCUAGAAUAAUGUCAUGCACUUAUUAGAUUAUUGCAGAGUGAUAUUUCUUAUCUCUCUUAUAAGCAGCGUUUUGUGAUGUACAGUUGAAUCAUAAGUCAUACAUGCAGUAUUGGUUGCUUUUGGUGUCCUGAUUAUAUCAACGAAAAUAUAAUAGGUUGAAUGCUAACGUACCCCACAUAGGGAAACCAAGCACUAACGUUGGUGCCCCCGCUGUCCAUCAUUGCAUAUGAAUGCUCUUUAUAUUCAUAAUAUUUGUAACGUUUUGCUUAUAUAAGGUUAUACUCGUAAUAAUAUAUGUAAGAUUUGCUUGCGUAAUAUUCCACAGGCUGCAAAUUAAAGCCAUACAGGAAUUCAGGCAAGCAGUUUUAUCUAUAUAGAGUUAUCUAUAGUUUUAUCUAUAUAGAGUUAUCUAUAGCUUUAUCUAUAGAGUUUGAUAUGAAUUUCUGUCGCCGACAGACAUUUGCUGUAGUUCCUCGAGAAUACUAAUAUAGUGUCAUGUCGCGAUCAAGUUCGUACUGUGACUCGCUCUACUCUGUAUGAAUCCAAGGGUGGAACUCAUCAUCUAUAGAAUCUGUAAACCUGAGUCUACAGUAAUUGAAUUCCCCACGUUCACUGCCGGGCUCUAGUAGCCGUAUAGUAGCCGUAUAUAUAGUAGCCGUAUAGCUAGUAGCUAUAGUGCCGUAUUGUCUAUUAAUGGUCAUUGCGUUGAAAUAUAGCGAAAAAAUAUAUAUCGGGUAAUAGCUAUUUAUUCCAUAACGUUGUUUAGAAGUUGCCACGGUACCGGACCAAUGUUGAUACUAUUACGUGAUAAAAUAGCGAACUGCUCACGGCCAGGAACACAAAUGUUAUAACUAUAGUCACUGCUUGACAUCAUGCGCCUUGACUUUACUAUAAUCUGUUGUACCAGCAACAACUAUUAUAUCCUGUAUAUCUACGAUCGACACUUAUAUAAGGAGGUGUCAACCACGCCUGACUCGGAAUUUUACAACGUAGGCCCUACAUUACUUGCCCUUGCGUUUCUUCUUGAUUUACCCAUGUAUUUACCACAUGUAAUACUAAUGUUAUUACCACAUGUGUUACUGCCUGAUAGACAUGUCGCUGCCAGAUUGACUAAGUGUUAGUGCCUGAAAGAUCUUUUCUACUGAUUUACGGAUCCUACUGUGUGACGGACUUGUAUUGCUGUUUGAUGGACACUGGUGUUGGUUGGUGUUAACUUACGUGCGGCGUUACAUUUAUCGUGAUUACCUAGUAGUGGCGCAAAACAUUUUUACGUGAUUACGAAGUACUUUGUAAUGAAAUAUAAAUAUAUAA